UUACCUGAAUGAGCUGCUGAAUUUUAUUAGAAGGCCACAAAAGUAAUUAAAAACAAGCAAUUCUGAAAGUAUGUGAUACAUUUAAUUUUCCUAUUGAAUUAAGCAUAUGUAAUCAAUUAUUUGAGUUAUGUUUUUUUAUAAAUAUGUGUCCUUAGCGACUAAGUAUACAGUGAACGAUGUCGAUGAAUUAUGCUUUCGGUUUUUCCCUAUUUUUGUUGAUUCUUGUUGGACUUAACAUUUAUUUUUUCUAUACAUUAAACACAGUUGGAAGAAAAGGCUUAAAUUUCAAUGUGCCUAGUAUAAAACUAGACCAGUCUCCGAGUGUUUUCAGAGAUAUUUAUGAGUACUUGAAUUAUUUGCCCAGUUCUUAUAAGCAGAAGAAUUCUAAGUUUGUGUCGCACCAAAAAUCUUUAAUACAAUCAUUUAAUUCAACUAAUGGUAAAAAUUCUAAAAAUGUGCUCUUGGAUGCUGACAAGUGGGCCAGUGAAGAGUCCUUAUUUCCGCAUAGAGAUGGGGCACCGGGCCAGAUACUACAGGCAAUGCUCAACUCACAGAUAGUAGUGGUUGACAAUGCGCCAAAAGGAACACAAUUAAAAUUGUUAUUGCUGCUUGAGGGAAAGCACAUAUUAUACUUCAAACCCAGGGGAUAUCAACUGGAUGAGGUGAUAAAUGGAAAUAUUUAUGCUGGAUUUGAUCGGCACAACUCAGAAGUGUUUGCAUAUUACCUCGCUAUGGUAAUGAACUUUACUUGGAUCUCUCCUUCUGUUAUUAGGAAGAUUCAUCUGAAUAAAGAUGUCCUGCCUGUAGCAACUGAAGGAUUAAAAAAGACUAUGGUAAAGAAUGUUAGUGGAUCACUAUGCAUAUAUGGGAAAUGUUUUUAUUGCAAACUAAAUGAAACUGUAUGCCCUGAUGACAAGGGUGAAAUUGAGGGAGCUGCAAUUUUGUUUUCAAAGAAACCAUUCAGAACAUAUAAAUCUCCAUGGAGACGCUCUUAUACUAGUAGAAAAAUGGAAUGGGAAAAGGAUAACGAUUUUUGUAAAAAAGUUAUUGAUACCCACAGCACCAAACGCCUACUAAACUUAAUAGAUGUAGCAAUAUUUGAUUUUCUUAUACAGAAUGGAGACCGACAUCGAUAUGAGGUUUACAAAGAUAGAAUAAUACUUUUAGAUAAUGGGAAAGGAUUGGGUAACCCAAUGGUGGAUGAACUAGACAUCUUGGCUCCUCUCUAUCAAUGUUGCAUGAUGUCGUUAUCUACGUGGCAGCACCUCGAGAUGUUGUCUGGUGGAAGUCUAACAGAGACAGUGAAGUUGCUAUCAUCAUUCCAAGGAGCCAAAUUGGCAACAGAGGAGCACUUCAAGGCAGUAGAACGAAGGUUGUUAAAAAUAUAUGCCACUGUUCAGUACUGCAUAGGGAAACAUAGCAGUGCUAAAGUGUUUAAAACUGUAUUUUAAUAAGGAAGAAAAGUGGCACAGUGAAUCUUAAAAUAAUAUUUGUAUGCACCAAGUGGGGCUUGCAUUCUAAAAUUGUUUUCGUAAUAGAUGUGCAUGUGACAGUGGUUUUAGAAAAGAUGCAUAAACAUAUUAAGUCAAUUUUAUUUUGUUAACACUUAGGUGGUCUUUUGUUAUCAAAGAAGUCAUCAAUCAAGACUUGUUUAUUUUUUGUGAAAGUGAAGGCUAAGCCAGUUGUAUUUUUUACA